GACGCCCUCCUGGCCCGCCCACAGAGACGCCCUCCUGGCGCGGCCUGAAAGCGAGGCACUGCUGCGGUCAAUCUGCGAGCGAGAGAGGCUCUCCAUGGCUGUCAUUGGAACCAUCAGUGGUUCCGGCAAGGUGGUUCUAUUCGACUCCAGGGAGCAGCAGAAGGCGGCAGCGGCAGGCCACGCCCCUCCCCUCCCAGCAGUGGACCUCGAUCUCGACAAGGUGCUGGGCGACAUGCCCAGCAAGCGAUUUGACUUCGUACGGAGCACGGAUGAAAGGGAGCCUCUGGAGCUGCCUCCAGCGCUGACCGUGGCAGAGGCGCUCAAGAGGGUGCUCAGGCUGCCUUCCGUUGCAUCCAAGCGCUUCCUCACCACCAAGGUGGAUCGCUGUGUCACGGGCCUCGUGGCGCAGCAGCAGACCGUGGGCCCGCUGCAGAUCACCCUUGCUGACGUGGCAGUCAUUGCUCAGACCCAUACAGGCAUCACGGGAGCAGCAUGCGCCAUCGGGGAGCAGCCAAUCAAGGGCCUCAUCAAUCCAGCAGCCAUGGCGCGCAUGGCAAUAGGGGAGGCUCUCACCAACCUUGUGUGGGCCAAGGUCACAGCGCUGGAGGACGUGAAGGCGAGUGGCAACUGGAUGUAUGCAGCCAAGAUGGGCGGCGAGGGGGCAGCCAUGUACGACGCUGCAGUGGCGCUCAAAGAGGCGAUGCUGGAACUGGGAAUUGCGGUUGACGGGGGCAAAGACAGCCUGUCUAUGGCAGCUACGGCGGGGGGAGAGACAGUGAUGGCGCCUGGGAACCUGGUGCUGAGCGCGUAUGUCACGUGCCCAGAUAUCACCCUCACUGUCACGCCCGACCUCAAGCUCCCAGGCGAAGGUGUGUUGAUCCAUGUGGACCUGAGCGGAGGCAGCAGGCGCGUGGGUGGGUCGGCCCUCGCCCACGUGUACGACCAGAUAGGCGAUGAGUCACCGGAUGCUGAUGUGGCGCUGCUCAAACGUGGCUUCAAUGCCGUGCAGGAUCUGAUUGGUCGGCGUCUGGUCUCCUCAGGGCACGACGUGAGCGACGGCGGCAUCAUCACAGCCAUUCUCGAGAUGGCCUUCGCAGGCAACACGGGGGUCACUGUCGACCUGCCCUCGCCUGCUGCUGACACACACGAAGGGGAAGAGGAGGAGGAGGUGGAUGUGUUUGGGGCGCUCUUUGCGGAGGAGCUGGGGCUCGUCAUCGAGGUGGCGCCGGCCAAUCAGGACGAAGUACUGCGCACGCUCUCCGCCGCCCAGGUUCCCGCCACCGUCAUUGGCCAAGUCACAUCCCCCUCCUCCUCCGCUCCUGCCUCUCCACCGCUCCUCUCGGUGGCGGUUGCGGGGGUGCCGGUGCUAGAGGGGGAGUCGAUGCCAGCCUGGCGGGACGUGUGGGAGGAGUCGUCCUUUCUGCUGGAGCAGAUGCAGCGAACCGAGACGUGUGCUGUGGCUGAGAUGGAGGGGCUGAAGCACCGCAAGGAGCCCUCGUGGAAGCUUCCUUUCACCCCGAGCAGGACUGCACAUGAGCUCAUGACCGCCACCACGAAGCCCAAAGUGGCUGUCCUGAGGGAGGAGGGCAGCAAUGGCGACCGGGAGAUGGCAGCAGCGGUGUGGGCAGCGGGCAUGGAGCCUUGGGAUGUGACUGUAUCGGAUCUGCUUCAAGGGCGGGCUCGGCUGGACGAGUUCAGGGGAAUCAUCUUUGUGGGCGGUUUCAGCUACGCGGACGUGCUGGACUCAGCCAAGGGGUGGGCGGCGGCGAUCCGGUUCAACGCGGGGCUUAAAGCCCAGUUCGACGCGUUCUACCAGCGGGAAGACACGUGGAGCCUGGGCGUGUGCAAUGGGUGCCAGCUCAUGGCGCUGCUGGGAUGGGUGCCUGGCCCAGACGUGGGCGGAGUGAUGGGCGAGGGAGGAGACGCAGCGCAGCCGCGCUUUGUGCACAACGAGUCGGGGCGCUUUGAGUGCCGCUUCUCCACCGUUCAGAUCGAGGAGUCUCCUGCUGUCAUGCUCAGAUCGAGGAGUCGCCGGCUGUCAUGCUCAGGUGAGGGGGGUCUGCUGUUGUCAUGCUCAGUAAAGCCCUGGCUACUGUUCAACCUUUCUUCACUCCUGCCCGAUCAAUCUGCACCUCAUUCAACUCUUCUGCAAACCCUUGCGCCUCCUAUCCAAGUACCUCCCACCCUCUUGACACCUCCUCCGCUGUUCACACUCCCCACCCUGUUAACAACUGCCCUGCCCACUUCGUUUCCUCUCUCCAUCUCCUCUCCCCCCUCCGUUACUGCUGCCGCUUCUCACCCUCUCCUCCCGUACUUCUCCCAUCCUGUCAGGGGCAUGGAGGGCACGAGGGUGGGCAUCUGGGUGGCACACGGGGAGGGCCGAGCGCUCUUCCCCUCGGAAUCCCUCUUCCAAUCCGUCCUCUCCUCCAACCUUGCUCCCAUCCGCUACUGCGACGACGACGGCGCCCCCACCGAGGCGUACCCGUUCAACCCCAACGGGUCCCCCGCGGGGAUAGCCGCGCUGUGCUCUCCCAAUGGAAGGCAUCUGGCGAUGAUGCCGCAUCCGGAGAGGUGUUAUUUGAUGUGGCAGCUGCCGUGGGCGCCCAAGGAGUGGCGGGAGGGCAUGGAUGCGAGUGGGCCUAGCCCGUGGCUGAAGCUGUUUCAGAACGCGCGGGAGUGGUGCGCGGAGCAUCCUCAGUAG